GCAGUCAUGGCGCAGGAAGGGGAGGAUGUCCGAGAUUAUAAUUUGAACGAACAGCAACUGGCGAUCAAGGCCAAGUAUCCUCCAGUCAAUCGGAAAUAUGAAUAUUUGGAUCAUACAGCAGAUGUCCAGUUACAUGCCUGGGGAGACACCUUGGAGGAAGCAUUUGAGCAAUGCGCAAUGGCAAUGUUUGGGUACAUGACAGAUACUGGGACUGUGGAGCCGCUUCAGACAGUAGAAGUUGAAACUGAAGGAGAUGACUUGCAAUCUCUUCUCUUUCACUUUUUGGAUGAAUGGCUUUAUAAGUUUAGUGCUGAUGAAUUCUUCAUACCCCGGGAAGUAAAAGUGCUUAGUAUCGAUCAAGAGAAUUUCAAAUUACGGUCAAUCGGGUGGGGAGAAGAAUUUUCAUUAUCGAAGCAUCCUCAGGGAACUGAAGUUAAGGCAAUAACAUACUCAGCAAUGCAGGUCUACAAUGAAGAAAAACCAGAAGUUUUUGUCAUCAUUGACAUUUAAGAUACCAAAGAAGAAAACAUCAAAAAGAGAGUCUAUGAAGAUUACUUUGUCUCCUUAAUAGAAGAUACUAUAAUAUCAGUCUUACUGUGUCAGUUGAUUUGUGGAAAUUUUCCAAAUGGACAUUUUUAUAUUUAAAGCAUGACUCUUAGAAGUGA